CGUCCCGCCUGGGACAUCGCGACAGAUUUACCUUAGUUCAGGUACAUACCUACCUUGCGAAAUCGAACGGGGCCUCCUUGGGGGAAGCACAAGAGCAAAGCCAUUUCAAUUCGCAAAACACAAUCACCUCUUGAAGUUUAGGAACAGCGCUGGGGGCAGCCAGCAGGACCAACAAAAAUGGCGCUACCACGAUCACUUCUGCAGUACAUCUGCAGCCUCGUCCUCCUGGUCGGCGUCUCGCAGGCCCUCAAGUUCGAGCUACAGGGCAUGCUGGCACACUAUGACAACAAGAUGCGGUGCAUACGGAACUUUGUCGCAAAGGACACCCUGGUGGUGGUGACGUCCAUCGUCAGCGGGUCCAAGGGUGACGGCAUGGUGGUCAACCUGAACAUCAAGGAUGCCGUUGGCAACGAAUACGGAAGGGCAAAGGACGUCGUUGGAGAGCAGAGGACAGUCUUUACAUCACACGCCGACGCGGCAUUCGACGUGUGCUACGAGAACAUCCUGGACGGAAGCAAAUACGUCCAGACCCCUCAAAAAACCGUCGAGCUCGAUGUCGACAUUGGCGCCGACGCCAAGGACUGGUCGGCCAUCCAGGCCACGGAGAAGCUCAAGCCCGUCGAGACGGAGCUUCGCAGGAUCGAGGAGAUGGUUGCCGAGAUCGUGGGCGAGAUGGACUACCUCCGCGUCCGGGAGCAGAAGCUGCGCGACACCAACGAGAGCACCAACACCAGGGUCAAGUGGUUCGGCAUGCUGACCACCUUCCUGCUCAUUGCUCUGUGGGCCUGGCAGAUUAUGUACCUGCGUGCCUACUUUAGGUCCAAGCAUCUCAUCUGAUCGCAAAAAUAAGACAUGCUGUGCAGGGGAGCGGGCUGGCGUUGUGUUACUCCUGGGUCUUCGGGUUUUGUUUGCAGGCUAUCUUCCAUCAUGGUGUUGGGAACAUUCAUGUGUAUUGCGAAUCCGAUGUUUUCGUCUUAGACAUGUUUCUGCUAGUUCUGCUAGUACUGCUGGGCUGUCGAAUGGCAAAGAGUGCCUAGGUAAUCCAGAAUGCUUUGGGUGAAUUACUGCCAACCAAACUAGAUUCCUCAGGAGUUCACUGAUGAAGGGCACUAUAUAUGUGUUUGAUCUGUGUUUAAGACCCUUCACGGGAUGGGCUGACGCAGCGUAAGCAGAGAUAUAUAACAGACUUGAAUAAGCACCGACUUUAAUAUUUCAAGGUCACUAGGGAGCAUGGACAUCGUGGCGAACAUGCUGCUGAUUCGGGG